AAAGCACAGUGCCAAACAUAUCCUUGUUAAAUUUGCACUUGUUUUUUCUCCCCUUCGAGGUAACAAAGAGAGAGAGAGUUAAAAGAGGGUGUGCUGGGAGAGGGAGAAGAGAGAGAAACUGGUGAGAAUGGGGAUAUUGCAAGAGGAUGUUGUAGUGAUUAGUGAAGGAGAGAAGCCUGGAGAAUCAACUGAGAUUACUGUGAAUUGUCCUGAUAAAGCUGGACUUGGCUGUGAUUUGUGCAGGGUUAUCUUGCUUUUUGGAUUAAGCAUUUGUAAAGGAGAUGGACAAACGGAUGGGAAAUGGUGCUAUGUAGUCUUUUGGGUGGUGGGGAAGCCAAGCACAAGGUGGAAUUUAUUGAAGCAGAGGCUAUUAGAGGUGUGUCCAUCAUAUUUUUCAACUUCUGAGAUUGACUUCUACAAGCCUGAGAACCAACAGCCAAGGCCGCCAGAUGUGUUUCUGUUGAAGUUCUGGUGCUCUUAUGACUAUGAAGGCCUUUUACACGAUGUAACUGAGGUUCUAUGUGAGCUGGAGCUGACAAUAGAAAGAGUGAAGGUGUCCACUGCUCCGGAUGGGAGAGUGAUGGACCUCUUUUACAUCACUGAUACUAGGGAGCUUCUUCGCACAAAAAUGAGACAGGAGGAAACAAUUCAUUAUCUGAAGAAGGUGUUAGGGAAGGCUUUGAUUAGUUGUGAGAUUGAAUUAGCUGGGCCAGAGUUUACUGCCUGUUCUCAAGGUUCACCAUUUCUUCCUUCUGCAAUCACAGAAGACAUGUUUAGUUUAGAGCUUCCCAAUAAUCACCGAAGUGGCUUUCUUGCCCACAAUCCUGUCUCUGUUACAGUGGACAAUGCCUUCAGUCCCUCACACACACUUGUUAAAAUUCUCUGCAAGGAUCACAAGGGUCUCAUUUAUGACAUAACAAGAACCCUAAAGGAUUAUAAUAUCCAGAUUUCCUACGGACGCUUCCUUGCCAGUAGAAAAGGAAACUGUGAAGUGGACUUGUUCUUAAUGCAAGCAGAUGGCAAGAAGAUAGUUGAUCCCAACAAACAAAAUGCAUUGUGUUCUCGUUUGAGAAUGGAGCUUCUGUGUCCUCUUCGACUGGCUGUGGUUAGUCGGGGCCCUGAUACUGAGCUGCUUGUUGCAAACCCUGUUGAAUUGUCUGGCAGGGGCCGGCCACUUGUCUUCCACGAUAUUACUCUGGCUCUCAAGAAUCUAAACACCCCCAUCUUCUCGGUAGAGAUAGGGAGGCACAUGAUUCAUGAUCGGGAAUGGGAAGUGUACAGAAUCCUACUUGAAGGUGAUGGGUUACCUGUGUCCAGGAACAAGAUUGAGGAGGGUGUUAGAAAAGUAUUGAUGGGUUGGGAAUAAAUUGAGAUACUAACUUCACUUAGGGGCCAUCACCAUCUAUCUUAUCCUUUUGAGUCUCUAGUACAGCUAGGCGCUAACCGCAUUCUAAAUACAGAUCAAGAAGGUCUUUCAUCUCCCCCGUGUCGAAAUGCAAGCUUUAUUUUUUCUUUCAAAGAAGUUAUUAUCUUUUUUAUGACGUCUUGUUUUGGGUUUUGUUUUCGUAAAAGCCAUUGCUACCACCACACUAGGAUGUUGUACAAGCUACGAUCACCAGUUCACCACAACCAUUACUAUCUCAGGUUUUUUGAACCUUUACUCAUCAAGGUAGGUGUAAAUAUUUAUUACGAAGACGCUUGAUGGCAUGGGUUUCACGACAUUGCCAUUUUCUCAGGACAGUUAUCAAUGGGUGAUGUUAGGAAUCUUGUUGAUGAUCCUAACGUUGGUUGUUGACGAGAAUGUCUCCCUGCAUAAUGAGGCCAACAAGGGCAUGCUGCAUGCAUCUCACGAUAUACAAUUUUCAUUAUGGUUUUCUUUAGUUUGUGUUUGGUGGGCGGCAAGGAAAAACAAAGGGUUUAUAAAUGCAUCUCAAUUUACUUUAAUUUCUACAAUUAAUGAUAGGAGUAGCAUGUUGUUCUCUUUUCUUGCA